AUGUGGACUUGCUUAUUUUUUUUUAUUGUUAUAUCAAAUGCUCAGAAUAUUCGCACAUUGAAAUUAUUUAAAAUAAACAAUAUUCAAUAUCAAUGUAAUAAUCCAGGAUGCUCAUCUUCCACUAUCGUUUACGUGUCAAAUUUAAUCAGAUGUGAAGCUACUUGUUUAGCAAAUACAGAAUGUCGUACAGUUACUUUCAAUUCAUCAAAUAAUCGAUGUGAACUAUUUGUUGAUAUUAUUCAACAAUAUGGAAAUAUGAUGUCGCAAAUAGGUUUCAUUACAAUGACUGCCAUUGAUAAUAGACGAUUGUUCGCUCCUACGACAACAACAACUGUAACUACAACAACAACUGCUACCACUACUACUACAACUACCACAGCUCCCACCUGUGCAAAUACAUGUUCUAGUGGUGGAACAUAUAGUAGUAGUGCCUCUACCACUUGUGAUCGAUUUUGUGAAACUAUCCCUCUUGGUGCAUUCGGUACCCCUACUGGUAGUGUCGGAAGUAACGGUACUUGCUAUUCUACGUCCACAUUUUGUUCCGGUGGUAUUUAUACUAUUCACCGUAAUGCCUAUAGCACUGUAAAUUUUGAUUGUGCGUCUGGUUAUGGCUGUACAGGUUUCGGUGGUUGUUGCACUGGUGUUGGCAAUAUUUCUGCUCCGAAUCAUUACUGUAUUUCAUGUUCUUUAAACUAA